AUGGAGGACUUCACGAACACCGCUGACGACGAUAUCGUCCAGUCUGUUACAGGCUCUCCAAGCGAUGCACUGAUAGGCCUCGACCAAUCCGACCCCGCUGUCAACGAGGAUAUUCUCGAAGAGGCUACAGUCGAUACCUUCGACGGCGCAUUCCCCACCGAUGCCGCGACGAAAGGCCAUCUGCCGCAGGGCGCUACGAUACAGGACUCAGACGAUUUUGACCCAGAAGAACCUUUGCCUUCGAUAGACACUUACGAGGAGGUGGCGCCUGUUGCUACAAUGUCGGAACCAGUCGUCGGCCUGGAAACUGCGUCUACCAACAUGGAGGCUGCGGAAGGAGUUCCCGAAGAGGUUACGCAUGACCGAGUUCGCCCAGUCCGGAUAGAAAUUGUUCUACGGCGUCUAUCCCCCGAAGAGUGCGCGCAAUACCGUACCAUCAAGAGCGACGUCGUUGACGAGGUCAUUGGAGAGGUGGAAGGGCCCGAAUCAGAAUUGUGGUACAGCGUCGAGUUCACCGAUGGACGACAAGAUAUUAUACCGUUCGGAGACCUUCUUGCCUACGACGGGGGUGAAUCUGCUCUUCAGAAAAUGCAGGGCGACGUGGACUCUGAGGUCGAGACUGGCGCCUUCCACGGGCAGAAGCGAUCUUGGGAGGACACUUUGGAGGAUUCCGAGGCCGAUUCUCAGGCGGACCUGGAUCUCAUGGAACUUGAUGAAGAAGAGUUACCUCGCCAAUCGAAACGUCAACGAAGCGUCGUUCAGCGCAGCGCCCGCCUCACAUCCAUCAUUGAUUCCGAUGAUGAAGACGAAGACGAAGUUUCUUCCCGUCGUUCGCGACGUCAACGCACGACCACCAGACAGAGCACCCGCCAAAACUCCCACGCUGCUGUCUCUGACGAUGAAGAUGAGAACCGGCGGACUCGUUCACGAAGACACGAGUCUUCCCAGCCACAGCGACAACUGAGAGAACGAACUCAAAAGCAGCUCACACUCACUAGCAUGGCUUUCGGAAACCCCAGUUUGACCCGCGAUGAUGACAUGGACGAACUUUCCCAAGAUCCCCCUCCUCAGCAAUCUGACGGAGAAGACGACGAUUUCACGUUCAUUACAUCGGACCUUCAGCCAAAGCCAGGCCGAGGCAGGCGCAAGCAGCCCAGACGAUCAAAAUCCUCUAAAGCAAAGCCCGAAGCGAAACCCAGAUCACGCGAUUCUUCGAUCGAGUUUGAGGAUCGCCGUCGAUCCGGCAGAUCUACCAGAAACAAGGCUAGCAUGCUCGACUCCGCCCCGAUGGACGAGGAAUCCUUUUACAUCGAGGACACUGCUCCGGUUGGAGCACCAAGAGUGAUGAAUGUCAAGGAGGUCUUCAAGCAACUUCCACAUGAUUCGCCAUUCUUGACCUUCCACUCAGAUAUCUGCAGCAGUUGCAACGUUGGGCCCGCCGCCAACAAAGGUCCUCUUGUCAGCUGCCAGGGCUGCUCCAUGUCAUUUCACAAAGUUUGCCUGGGCUACAGAUCAGCCAGAGAACACUUGGUUACGAAGGUUGGGGCGGAAGACUUCGUCCUCCAGUGCAAGUACUGCAUUGGCUUCUACGGCAAGAAGGAUAAGCAUGCCCCUCGUCAUCACAACUGCCAGGGAUGCGAAAAGCCGGGACGUUCUUGUGCAGCAUUUUCGCCAAGGAGAACGCCAAAGCAAGAAGAAAAGCUUCGAGUUGAGAAUGGAGGCGAGGAUCCCAUCGCACCUGUGGACCCGGCUCUCGUCAACAAUGCAGAAAACGUCCUCUUUCGGUGCACCUCAUGCAAGCGCGGCUGGCACUAUGAACACCUGCCGUCUUCUCAGAUGGACACCGACUUAUCCAAUGUCCGUGACCAACGUCUCUCUGAGUACUCAGUGGACUGGAAGUGCCAUGAUUGCGCCAUGGUUUCCCACAAGAUUCAGACCUUGGUUGCCUGGAGACUUACAAAGAAGGACUCCUUUUCAGACGGAAUGACAUACAGCGACUUCUAUGAAGACGAGAAAGACUACCUCAUCAAAUGGGCGGACUGCUCAUACUUUCACUGUACCUGGAUGCCUGGGGCCUGGGUGUUUCACAUGGCUCCUGGAGCUAUGCGGAAUUCAUUUGCGAAGAGGGACGCAGAGCAAAAUCUGUGUUUGAGAUGGACAACUGAUGAGGCUAUCCCGGAGGAAUACCUUCUUACAGACGUCAUCCUCGCUGCCAAAGUCAAGAACGGACGAUCACGAAGCCUGCAGGACGACAUGGAGCGGAUCGGGAGUGUCGACAAGAUUUACGUCAAGUUCCAAGGCUUAGGGUACGAUGAGGCCGUUUGGGAUAAGCCCCCAAAGCCAGACACUGGGGAGAUCUACAAUACGUUCAAGGCUGCCUACUACGAGUAUCUCACUGGCAAAUAUUUCGUCAGUCCCACGAACCACAAGAUGAAACAGCGAGUGAAUGAUUGGAAGGAGGAAAAGUUCGUCGCUUUAACCGAGCAGCCCAAAGCAAUCCGACGGGGCAACCUCAUGGCCUACCAGCUCGAAGGCGUCAACUGGCUGUUGUACAACUACCACGAAGACAAGAAUGUCAUUCUUGCCGACGAGAUGGGACUCGGGAAGACAGUUCAAGUCGUUAGCUUGAUCUCUGCCCUGGCUUUAGGCGAACCUAAGUGUUGGCCAUUUCUGGUCGUUGUACCAAAUGCUACUUGUCCAAACUGGCGCCGCGAGAUCAAGCAAUGGGCCCCAGAGCUUCGAGUUGUGACCUACCAUGGCGGCAAGCAACCCCAGGAACUAGCCUACAAAUACGAGCUCUUCCCCAACGGCUCGUCAGACAUCAAGGCCCAUGUUGUGGUCAUGUCAUACGACUCCGCUCAGGAUGACCGUACGAGGAACCUGUUUCGCUCUGUGCAGUGGGCCGGGUUGAUUGUUGAUGAAGGUCAACGACUCAAGAAUGACAAGAGCUUGCUGUACCUGGCAUUGCGCGCGAUGCGGUUCCCCUUCCGACUUCUCCUGACAGGCACGCCAUUGCAAAACAACAAGCGAGAGCUCUUCAAUUUGUUGCAAUUCAUCGACCCUACGCAGAAUGCUGAGAAGUUGGACGAACAGUACCAGGAGUUGAACGCACAGAACCUGCCAGAACUUCAUGGGCGAAUCAAGCAAUAUUUCUUGAGACGAACGAAAGCUCAGGUUCUGAAGUUCCUGCCUCCGAUGGCGCAGAUCAUUGUGCCAGUCUCAAUGUCGAUCCUUCAGGAGAAGCUAUGCAAAUCUAUUAUGGCGAAAAGCCCCGACCUCAUCAAGGCAAUCUUUGCAGAUGACAAGAUCAACAAGAAAGAGCGUGGUAGUCUGAACAACAUCCUCAUGCAGUUGCGGAAGUGUCUUUGCCAUCCUUUCAUGUAUAGCGAUGCGAUUGAGGAGAGAGCUGUGGACCACGUCAAGAUGCAUGAGAACCUGGUUUCUGCGUCUGGCAAGCUGAUGCUGCUUAGUAUCAUGUUGCCCAAACUCAAGGAGCGUGGACACCGUGUGCUCAUCUUCAGCCAGUUCUUGGAUCAACUGGAUAUCGUUGAGGACUUUUUGAACGGCCUGGGCUUCUUGCACAGGCGUCUUGACGGCAAGAUCAACAGCCACGAGAAACAGAAGCAUAUCGACGCAUUCAACGCCCCGGAUUCCGAAGUCUUCGCCUUUCUCCUCUCAACCAGAGCAGGAGGCGUAGGUAUCAACCUUGCAACAGCAGAUACUGUCAUCAUCCUAGAUCCUGAUUUCAACCCCCACCAGGAUAUUCAAGCCAUCUCUCGCGCGCACAGAAUCGGUCAGAAGCACAAGGUUCUCUGUUUCCAGCUCAUGACGAAGAACUCCGCGGAGGAGAAGAUCAUGCAGAUUGGCCGCAAGAAGAUGGCUCUUGAUCAUGUGUUGAUUGAGGCUAUGGACGACACAGGGGAGCCGGAUGAUUUGGAAUCGAUCCUCAAAUUCGGAGCUACUGCGCUUUUCAGCGAUGACCAAAACGAAAAGGACAUCAUACGUUACGAUGAGGCAAGUGUUGAAAAACUUCUCGAUCGUUCUCAUAUCGAGCAAACAAGCACUGGCCAAGAUGAAUCCGCCGAAUCGACAUUUUCGUUCGCUCGCGUCUGGGCUAACGACAAGGGCGGGUUCGAGGAUAACCUGGCAGAGGAGAACGAACCUACCGUGAACCCUAAUGUUUGGGAGGAGAUUCUUGCUGAGAGAGAGGCCGAGGCCAAAAGACUAGCGGAGUUGAACAAGGAAGUUCUUGGUCGUGGAGGACGUCGCCGCCAGGCCGUGAACUACAAGACGAACGCCCCCAUUGCUACUGAUCUUGCUGUCGACCACAGCGGUAGUUCCGAUAACGACGAGGACUUCGUGGGUGGUGAGGACGAGGAGCCUGAUACUGACCCAGAGGACAGGAACACGAUGAGCAAAGAAGACGCCCUCUACGCGGAAAACACCAAAGAGAGACGCCGCGGCAUCCUCCAAGACGUCAAAGUCGGCCAAGUCAACCCCCCAAAAACGAGCUCCAAGAAAGACGCCAAAGUCAACCCCAAACAAAACCAAAACCAAAACCACCACAUCCAAAGCCACUCCAUCCAAGGCUACCCCAACCAAGGCCUCCAGCCAGGCAGCCAAGUCAACCAAGGAUUCCACGGCAUCGCAGCCCAAAGAGCCUACCAAAACGGAACGCAGUAUUCUACUACCAACCCCCCAGGAUACUCCAACCCCGUCCAGCCCGGCUUACAGAUCUUCCCGCUCGCCAACGGUGGAAAACGAGGCCGACCCCCAAAGUACGGCCGACCAUUAAAGUAUGACAUGGCAUGGCUUGACAAUGUCCACAUCUCCGCAUCGAUCACGAACGGAAUCAGUGGCGUGCGGAUUUGCGGCAUGGAAACAUCCACCUCUCUCCAGGCGAGGGACCUCCGAUACCCUGGCGAGAUGCCUCCUGCCUCCUUCCGUCGUUACCAACCUCAACACCAUCACCAACAACAGGCGCCGAUGAGGCACAUGCUCGCCAACGCCGCCCCCGCGCCACGCAGCAUCGACGCUCCGAACUGGCGAAUGGGUAUGAACAUGACGACAGCUACUGCCCAAGUUCACGGCCAUUACCACACGCCCAGUCUGACCAGCGGUCCUGAAUACAUGGCUAUGGGAGCCCCUAACGCAGAGAACCAACCUGCUACGGACCAAGGUCAGGACGUGGGCGUCGACACAUCGGGCUUUUACGCCUACUGCCUCGACCGCGGCAACGGCAACUACACCAGACUCGUUCCUGCUGAUACUCUCCCACCCUUGGUCGGCAUCCCAGCUGUGCAGCACGGUGCUGAGGGCAUGCUUGUACUGCCCUCGCCGCGAGGGCUGGAUCACCAGAAUCCAUCGGGUGGUCCCAUCCAGCCGGUCGCGUUCAAGAAGAGAAUCGACCACAUCGUUGCCUCCUCUCCCGCCCCGCCCAAGAAGCCCAAGAUUUACUGCGACAAGUGGGUUCACGAGGGCGUUUGCGCCUUCACGCAGCAAGGAUGCAAGUACAAGCACGAGAUGCCGCUGGACAAGGCUACUCAACACUCCCUCGGUCUGUUCCAUGGCCUGCCGACCUGGUGGAAGAAGCAGCAAGCGGAGCUGCAACGCCAGCAACAACAGCAGGAAGCAAGCGGCACCGAGACGUUCUACGACGCCCAGCCCCAGCAAGGAGCACUUCCGUCACCCAUCAGGUCUGAAAAGGACCUCUCAAGUCCAGCGAGAGCAUCGCAGUCAUGGAGACGAGUCGAAGGUGCAAGGCCGCAGGGUCACAUGCGCUCGUCGUCGCCCACAAGACAGAACGAAAGCGGUUACAGGACUACCGCAGAGCAGAGGACUGCGUAUUCCCAGGGCAUGAUUUCUCCUGCUUCCCCUUGCGUCUGGGGUCCCAUCGGCCCUCCGUCGAAGCGAACGGCCGACCACCCCCACAGGUACCACCAAAGCCUGGGUGGCUUCGGAAUGCCGAACAACUUUUCUAUGCUGAACGAUAUGGGUGAACGAGAUAAUGGAUCUCGGUACUAA